AACUGUGUGUCAUUGCUGUUACUAUCAUCCAGCAAAUUAUUUCCUAUUAGUUUACUAAAUUAUUAUUAUAUUUGCAAUUUGCAUGCCCAUACAACAUCAUUUGUAAACAGAUGACUUAUGGGAUAAACAGCACAAUCAACUGGAACACUUUUAAUGAAUGCUAUGGCCAUGUUAUAUUUAGAAAUAUGACAGAAAAUAGGAAGAGAUCUCGAGAAGAGGAUUCAUGUGAAUUUAUGCCUCUAUCAAAAAGGAUAAAUAAUUUGCAUAUCAACAAUAACUUGACCAGUACAUUAUCUCAGUCUUCAGAUUCUAGUCAGAGCAGUGCCAUUGCUAUAGAAAAUGGAAUAUCGUCGCCUAGUCCAUUAUCUGAUUCAGAAAGAAGGCCCAGUUAUGACCCUGGAAUCAACUCAUCGGAGAGUAGGUAUUACUUCGAAAAUAAGUUACUUUUCGAAUUACACUUAGAAAGAAUACAAAGAACUGGACAGCAAUUCCCUUUUUAAACUUUAGGUUAGUGUAAUUUUAUAAGUUGGGUACCUACCUGUAUUGUUACGCCUAAUAUUAUUAAUUAUAUUACACUAAAUAUGUUAAUAAAUUUUGUUUAAA